AUGCACGCCAGAGCACCGCCAGCAGCAGCUCCUCUUCUUUUGGCCCCUUUUGCGCGACGAGCUGCCCACGUGCUCACCCUCACGCGAGGACGGCGCGGCACGCUCCUCCUCUCCACGACCUCCUCCUCCUCCUCAAACCAGGCUCCCGCUGGUGGGCAACGUGAGGAGGAAGAUGAGCCGGCGCAGGAGAACGAUCCUUCUCUUGCCGCCGAAGCCGCUGAGAUGGCGAUGGAUCCCGAUGACGCCCCGCCCCAGUGGACGGAUGCCAUCAGACGGUUCUCCACAGCUAUCUCCUCGGUCACCAUUCGGCUGGACGACGUCGGACACCACCGUGUGGGCGACGCCGGGGAUGUCAGGCCUGCCGGGCAGGGCCUUAUGAAGACCUCGCGCAAGCUACCAAAGCUGCGCUCCAUGCGGGAGACAACGUCGACCGAGGAAGGGCGAUCCCAGGCCAAGCUCACCGCGACAGUGCUCGCGAAGGUCCUCGAGGCUCGAAGAGAGACGGGCGGAGAGUCCGUGUUGCGGCUUCACGAACUCGCCAACAGGUUACAUGUGGAACAGUCGGCCCUGGAGGCCGUCCUGCGCUACCACGAUGACCUUCCUGAGUACAAGGCGAAGCUGCAGGACCUCGCCCAGCUCGCCAAGUGA